AUGGACAUUGAGAAGCCUGUGUUGUCACCUUCGUUGACCCCUUCUCCUGCAAGUGCGACAUCUUCGUAUGCGAGUUACUUUGAGGGACAGCAAGAAGAUGGAUGGGACCAUCUUUUAUCAAAGGAACCACGAGGCAAUGAAGACGAAGAUUCUAUGCAAGCUGCGCCUGUCAAAGCCAAGCGUCGACGGGCUAAUCCCAAACAACUGGAAGUCCUGAAUCGGGUUUUCGAACGAACCUUUUUCCCUUCGACUCAAAUGCGAGCACAACUCGGCCGAGAACUUGGCAUGAGCCCACGAACAGUUCAGAUCUGGUUCCAGAACCGUCGACAAGCCAUGCGUACCCGCGAGCGACAACGACUACUUCGUAUUCGAGAUGAGUCCGCAUCGGACUAA